UCCCACAUCACAUAUCUGCAGUCCCGGGAGACAGGGCUGUUUCGCCAUGCCCCAGCUUCCGCUCGACUCGCGCUAUCAUAGAAGACGUACGGCUGGCUACAUCAAGUCUCUGACUCCUUAUCUCGGUGCAUUCAUUUUCUUUACAAUCGGCCUCGUGAGCUACUCGCUUCUCUCACAACUCUACUCUCCAGCAACCAUUGAUCGGUUGGGGUGGCAGGAAUGGGAUACAAUAGAAUUUGAGCUACAUGCUCAAGAACAAGCAUCGACCGGGAAUGGUACCCACGCUGAAGUAGGGUUACCGCUGGGCGUCUGGGAUCCACUUGCUAAACACUCCACAGGCAUCACCGAGCUUGCUGUCGUGACGUGCAUUCUCUCGCCCAAGAUCUUCACCUUCUGUCAACCCAAGACAACCCCUGCGGAGGACAAGGCUAAAGGUCAAUGGGUGCUGGUAAACAACGACCUCAACCACCGCACCAGCGUGACCUUUCUCUACCUUUACUAUCGGCGCACGCGUCGGCUCGACGUAGCUCUUGUUACAGACCUGCAGAUUGUGGCCGACCCGCCGCCGGCCGAGCUCCUCGCUGAUGGUUGGGUCCAAGCACAUGGAAGCCUGCACACAGAUGUGUUCCUAAAGCCCAAGCUUCGUCUCCUGUACAAGACUGGGCCAGGAGAACACGUUACCGAAGUGAUGCCGCACUUUGGCGACGGGCCCCCGUUCUUUGGGUUUCAGCGCGCGCGCGGCGGGAAAGUGGUGGAGGCCAAGGCUGGACAGUGGGACAGCGUCGAUGUUGUGUACCGCAAGGGCAACCCAGUUGCGCCGGCGGCGGAACCCCUCACCUUUCGCGAGGAUGGCAGCUUCAAGAUUCUUCAGAUUGCCGACCUGCAUUUCUCUGUGGGCGAGGGCGAUUGUCGGGACACGGACAAGAGCCCGUGUGCUGGAUACUCGGAUACCGUAACGUGGCUGGCCGAGGCGCUCGAUACCGAGAAGCCCGAUAUGGUCGUAUUCUCGGGAGACCAGCUUAACGGACAAAAGACGAGUUACGACUCCCUCAGCGUGCUCGCCAAGUUUGCUGCCCCAGUGAUUGAACGUAAGAUUCCCUGGGCAGCAGUGUUCGGCAACCACGACAGCGAGAUCUCUGACGACCGCGACAUGCAAAUGCGUGCUUUGGCCAGCAUGCCAUACAGUCUCGCCCGGCCCGGCCCGGCCGAUAUAGCGGGCGUGGGCAACUAUGACCUUCGCAUUCGGUCGCCCGACGCUUCCCGGACGCACAUCUUCACGUUGUACUUCCUCGACUCUGGGGCGUACCAGAAGAGCGUGUUGCCCUUUGUCCACGCACCAUACGACUACAUCCGCGAGUCGCAGAUCGAGUGGUUCAAGCAAACGUCGGCCAGCGUCGACGCGAUCGAGCGACCUUUCCGUCCUGAUGGCGCCAACGAUCUCGAUAAGAUCUGGAAGCGGCGCAUGGACUGGGGUCGACGGCAGUCGAAUCUGGCCAAGCCAAACGCCAUGAUGUGGUUCCACAUCCCUCUGCCAGAGGCGUAUGACCUGGCAGACGUGGGGGAAAACGGAACGCUCGAGGUCGGCACAUCUGACGCGCCCGACAAGAAGGGGGCGAGCAGCUUGACCCAGGGUGGCUUCUUCGCCAAAGGCGUGCAAGAGAUGCUCGAGGGAGGGGGUGAGCGCCGCACCGAAGUCAAGGUUCUUAGUCACGGGCAUGUGCAUAACACAGACCGCUGUCGACGCGUGCACGGCGUCUGGACAUGCUUUAAUGGCGGCUCGUCCUACGCCGGGUACGGCAAGGUUGGCUUUGAACGGCGUGUACGAAUUUACAAUGUCUCCGAUUGGGGCGAGACCAUCAGCACUUACAAGCGAUUGGCGAGCGGUGAGACUAUCGAUCAGCAGGUCCUGGUGGGUGAAGGCGCACCAACAGGGUGGGGUCAGAGUGGGUGAACAGGUGAGGAUUUAUGCAACUAGACCAAUAGACACUGUACACGGUUGUAGCAUUGAGGAUGCAGAGCGCCAUGCCAUC